AUGGCUUAUAAGUAUACUUAUGAAGGCUUUGCCAAGGUCAAGGUGGGCAGCUACGUGCUGGACACCGAAGGCCAAGCAUACUAUGGCACUGACAUUGGUACGCUGCGCACUGGCGACGGUGCCAUCUACCAGCCGCCCUGCAUGGUCAACUCGAUCAACAACGACAGCGACUGGUUCACGUGCACCAUCAACCUGCAGCACACGUUCAACCCCAACAUCACCAAGGUGUACACCGUCAACGUCGACGGCUUUGCGCGUCUGCACGAGCUGAUCAACAACUACGACCAAUACUUCAACAUUUCGACUCUGGUGCCCGUCAACCCCAAGGGCGUCGUCAACUCAUCGCCCGUCUCUGGUCUGUUGCCAAUCAUCGACGUAGCCUACAACACAAAGAACGGCUUCCAGGUGGUCGCCACGUCGCCCACUGGCGCGCCACUCACCUACAGUCUGUCGUCGCCCGAGGAUAUGGGUGGCUCCAAGCUUGUCCAACCCACCGGACUGAGUGUCAACGCCAGCGGCUGGGUCACGUUCACGCCCGGACAGGUCGGCCUGUACACAUCGCAGGUCAAGAUCUUUGACGGAACGUCUUACGUCGUCGUGGACUUCAUUCUCAACUCGCAACCCGCCAAGAACUCGCCUCCAUACUUCAUCGACCCAACACCCGCCGACGGCUCCACCAUCUACUGCCCAGUCAAGCGCCCCUGCAACUGGAUCUACAAGGCCAAGUCCAACAUCGCGUCGCUCACCGUCUCGGUCGUAUACGCCAACCAUCCACCCAAGGUGGUCGUGGCCGACCCCGUUGGCGGCAACCCUGUAACCGUGAACAAUGACUGGGAGCCCACCAUCGAGAUGGUCGGCCGCUACGUGGUGUCGCUCGGAUGUUACGACUCCGCCGGCACCCACGCCGUGGGCCAGCGUUCAUUCAUCAUUGUAGUUCAGCCGCCAGCCUGUGGCCAUGGACGUCAAGCCAACGACUCGUGUAUCCCAGGCUCGCAUCCAGAUUGCUGUAUCUGUGACGAGGGAUUCGACCCCUCCACUCUAUGUAACGACUGCACACCAGGACACUUUGGACCAAACUGCACAGCCAACCCCAAGUGUGACAAGGGCACAAUCAGCAGCGGUAUCACUGGCGACGGUGUGUGCACCUGCUAUCUCGGCUACCAAGGACCACAGUGUGACAUCCCCGUCAGCCAGUUCUGUAACCCAGCCAACAAGUCCUCGGUCAUCGCUGUUGACCAAAACUCAAUCGGCUACAUGAGGCCCAAGAAGAUGUCAAUCUUCAUCGCGACCGAUGCCGACCCCUUCUCCCUGCCACUGAUGCUGUCCUACCCCAACCCAUUGCCAAUGCUCGAUGUCUACAUCCUGCUCGAUAUCUCCCCGUCCAAGGCAUCUAUGAUCACCGACUAUGGCAACAAGAUCAACAACUUGCUCACGAGCUUCCAGACUGGCACUGAGAAUGUGAUGUUUGGUCUCGGAUUCUUCUCCGACAAUCCAAAGAGUGCCAGUGACUUCCAACAAAAGGGCAACAUCGGCUCGACCCUCGACCCAUACAUCAAGGAUCAGUCGCAGUACACCACCUCUGCCGUCUCCACAUUGAACAGUAUGCGUGCUAUGAGGUCUGCUGCACAGUUCCCCAUCAACUGGCGUUCGGGUUCAUUCAAGUCACUCGUGGUCAUCACGGAUAGCGAUUGUGAGAGCGACUCGUCAGUGGCCGCGUCCACUCUGGCCGCCCUCGCCCAGAAGUCGAUCUACCCAACAGUCAUCGGCACCAACGGCGUCAAGCUCGACAACUGGUCACAGUUCUUCUCAGACAACAAGUUUGGUGUUGCGUCCACGCCAAGCGACUGGUCGACAGGUGCCUCGCCCGCAGUCUACUCGGGAAUGAAGAUCAACGUGCCCAUCAUCCUUAAGGAUACCUAUGGCUUUGCCACGGGCCCGAACCGUCUCACCCUGAACGCUGGUCAGAACAACCAGCUAGGCGUGACAGUCGUCUACCCCAAGCAGGCUGUGCCCGCUCCCAUCUCUGACAUCUUCGUCUCAGUUCCAGGUUUUGGCCAGUCCGAGGUGGUCAUCAACUUCAACCAUCCACCCUCUGCCACCGACAACACGAUCACCGUCACUCAAUCGUCAUCCUUGGACUUCACCAUCUUUGUUACUGACCCCGACCAGAACUUGAUGAACAUCCAGUUCGUCACGCUGCCAGAGAAGGGCAACAUCACAACUGGCGGCUCUAAUGUUGCCACGGGCACUGACUACAUCUCGACCUCAACCUUCACCUACGUCCCACCCGCCAACACCCCAUCCGCCAAGUACACAUUCACCUACACCGUGUCUGAUGGUUGUGUCAAGGAGAAGGGCACAUACACUGUGAACGUCGUGCCACUGCACCCCGACUCGCCACCACCCGCCGUGAAGGCCACCUACGUGACCUUGGUCCAGGACCAACAGAAGCAAUUCACCUUCAACUUCACCGACAACAACCCAGAUACUGUAGCCAUCAUCUUGUCGUCGCUGCCCAAGAAUGGUGUGUUCAAGAAGGUUGAUGGUACAGUCAUCGACUCUACCACAAACAACGUGCCAUCCACGCUCAUCUACGUGCCCAACAAGGGUCUGUCCAACUUGGACACGACAUCCCAGCAGGGUCCACUCGAUACCGUUGUGUUCAACGCCAUCAACAAGGACAGCCAGGUGUCGCCAGUGUCUGCCCCAGCAUACUUCUACGUGCUCCCCUACAACCCACCAAUCUACACUGGUCUCAAGUCAUUCACCACCCGUCAGAACACUCCUUUGCCAUUCCCAAUCGUGGGCCAGGCACCCAAGGGCGAUACUGGCUUCAACUUGGUGAUCAACAAGACUGAGGGACAGGGCCAGCUGCAGUUCCAAGCUUGUGCCGAGGAGAUGUGUCUAAAGAACAUCACCGACCUGCCAGUGACCUACUUGAUCAAUGGCGCCGCCAACUUUGUUUAUGUGCCACCUCUCAAUGUCUGGGGUCCAGACCUGCUGACCAUCUACUUCACAUUGACCACAAUGGAUGGCUUGAUCUCAACAGAGUUGCUCACGGUCACUAUCAAUGUCACACACGUGCCACAAGGUCCAUACAUCGUGCUCAAGACGCUCGAGCCCAUCCGCACUCACGUCGCCGCACCACUCACACCAACCUUUGACAUCUCGAUCAACGACUCUGUGAUCGUCGCAUGGACUGCCUACGACAUUGAGUACGCCAACACCUCACUCCAAUGCAUCGUCCAGGUGAUCCCACGUCGUGGCAGCCUCUACAUGUACGACGCCAACGCCACCAACCUGCUCGGCACACAGAUCACAACCAACAUGAACAUUGGCAAUGCCACAGACGGCCUGUGGAAGGUGGUCUACGUACCUGUUAUGGGCCAGUCCGGCCAGGGCUACACCAAGUUCCAGUUCGUCGCGGUCAAUGAGAUUGGCCUGUUCUCCGCGCCACAACCAUUGAUCGUCAACAUCAACCCAGUGUACCGCCCACCAGUCAUUCACGUCAAUCAAUCAUCAUGGGACACCAUGCUCGAUCACACACUGAUCAUCACUGGCGUCUCAUUCACCGACGAGGACGUCACCUACCAGAAUGUCAGCAUGAGUGUCUCAGUCUGGGACGACGACACCAACCUCGCCACCAGCGUGUCCAUCUCACUCUUUGGCGACAACCAUGGCUCGUGCGUCACCAACGGCUCGAUCAUCGGCUGCAUCAGCAACAAGUACGUGCUCAACUCAUACCUCUCGCAGAUCUCGCUGAUCGGCAAUGUCUCGGGACACUUGCGCCUCAACGUGUUUGUAGAGAACACUCUGUUUGCCAAGCGUCCUGGCGUCACCCUGGAAAUGAUCUCGGACAGCAAGGACCUCGACGUCAAGGUGCUCCCGGGCGGUGUGUCCAAGUCCAACAACACGACCAUCCUGUCGGCGGCCAUCGCAUCGGCCGUCGUUGUGUCAGCCAUCAUUGCCGCUGGAGUCUGGCGUGUACUCCAGGCCACUGCACCACCCACCAGUGCAUUCUUUGGUGAUGCACCCUUCACUGCCGAUGCAGUAUCCACCAAUCCACUCUAUGUCGAAUCCGGUGGCACUGGAAACAACCCACUCUACGAAGGAAAUUCAUAG